AUGGCUGUCGAAUUCGAACCCUUUGAGGUCCCUGGUGCCCGAAGCUACUUCGGCCACGCUCUGCCGUACGGGUUGCAAGUAAAGCAGAAAGGGGACAACGGCAACGCACCGCCAGUUGCCGAGUCUGCAGCGGCGCUCCGCGCUCUAGGCGAGUCGGGAAGGCUUCAAGAGCUCUUGGAACGACACGGAGCGGUGUUGGUUCGCGGGGCAGGGCAGCCCUCCGCGGAGACCUUCUCCAGGCUUGUGGGCGCGGCCGAACGGGGCCGAGGCUCGCUUCCUCAUGUGCAAAUCGGUCUGGCCGGCAAGAGAACGCCGCUUGCAGAGAACGUCUGGACUGCGAACGAAGGUUCCCCGAGCACUCGGUUCUACCAGCACAACGAGGUAAGGUCGGUGGCACCGAAACGCGAGACACCGCAUCUCUGGCUCACGCGCAGCAUAUAUACCCGGUUCCCUUCCAACAUCCACUUCUAUUGCGUGAAGAAGGCGCCCAAAGGCGGAGCAACUCCGAUCGCGAACAGCGCAAAUGUCUUCGAGAAGGUCCAGGCUGAGAUCCCCGAGCUCGUGGAGGAGAUCCGCAAGCGGGGGCUGGGUAUGAAAAUGAUCUUCCGCGCCCCCGGGGACGAGGCCAAGGUAAACCAGUUCAACUGGGCCGGCGAGCAUAGCUUCGGACAGGAACUGUUGCCAGGCGAUGACGAAGCGACGACAAGAGAAAAGGUGGAGAGACAAGUCAGGAGAUUGACGUCGGACUUCAAGUGGAAUGCUGAUGGGAGCCUUGAGUUGACGCAACACAUCCCCGGACUGAGACGAUUGCCGGCCAGCGGUAGACCCGUGUGGUUCAACGGACUUGUUGGCCGACAUGGCAUCACUCGAGAUAUCGGUGCUCUCGAUCCUCCGCAUAUUGGCCGUGACGGCAUGACCUAUCUUCCUUGCGUCUACGGCGACGAGACGCCGAUUCCGCGUGAGCUCCUCGAUAAGCUUAUCGAAGUCAUCGACAAGGAGGAAAUCAGCCUAGUCCUGGAAGAGGGAGAUCUCUUGCUUGUGGACAACUUCCAAGUUUCUCAUGGGAGAGAGCCUUGGGAGGGAGACAGGCAGAUAUUGGUUUCCAUGUGGGACGCGUCAACUCCGAUCGGCGUCUUUUGA